AUGUGGCCAUUCAUUCUUUGGUCCAUAUGGCUAAAUGGCCUUUCCGAAGCCUACACUGUUACCAAUACCGAUCUGUUUAUGUUCAAGAAUAUCGAUCCUAUCGUGUUGCCUGGGCAGUAUACUAGUCAUAUGCACAGUUUCUUUGGGUCAGAUGCCGUUACUGUAAAUACAACGACAUCUGCAGAGCUGCAGAAGGGUUGUUCAAGUACCGAUAACCCUAAUGACUUCUCAACAUAUUGGGUCCCCACACUCUAUCUUGUUGAAAACGGCAAUUACACGCCAAUUAAUCCCAUGCGUUUCAGUGCUUAUUAUGAAAAUCUACAAUACGCCGAAAUUGCAAUUCCACAAAACUUUACAGACGUUGCUGGCAACUCAUCAGCACGGUCGCAGAGUGAUGUGGAAUCUAAUGCGGGGAUUCAGUGGUUCUGCGAAGGAGAGUCCAAGGGAGAGGAUGAGGAUGCUGCUGCUUUUCCGCUGAAGACCUGCGGAACGCACUUGCAGACCUUGCUCCUUUUCCAUGACUGCGUCAACCCGAAGACCCUUGAGUCCGCCUAUAACGAGAAUCCUAACUGGUAUCCGUCCUACGGCAAGAACCGCUGCCCAAAGGGCAUGUAUCGCAUUCCACAGCUUCGAUUAUCGAUUCGUUAUGACCUUCGUGAGCUGCUUCCUGAUGGCUGGGAAGGAAAGCCACCCCUUCAACCUUCUUGCGGGCCGUCCUAUUGUUCACAUGGUGAUGUGAUCAACGGCUGGUUACCAGAAGCCGCUGAAAACAUGGUAAAUGGUACAGCUGGAUUUUUCCCAAUUAAUGGUCCUCUGGGGGCCUAUAAUGCGGGCUCAGUAUGUGGCGCGGAAAACGCACAUGACCGUGACCCUACUCAUGGCACAAGCGACUAUAAACAGAGUCUGCUCAUGAUGAAGAGCAGCUCCACAACGAAAAGACAUCUGGCCAGACAUCGUCACUGGACUUGA